GCUCGCUCUCCGCGUCCUGAAAGCUCCCGCCAGCCCCUCCUCUGCCCAGACCCCCAGAUCCGACAUAAAGAAGUGCCUUUCUGAGCGUCUGGAGGUCGGAAGUACCGGCGGCCGCCCUGUCUGAAGGCGGCGUCCGCCCCGCGCUCAUGAAAAGGCCUGUGUGCGGGGCGCGGAGGGGGCGCGGAGGCGGCGCGGCGUGCAGGCGGGACCGUGGCUUCCUCCGCUCGGAGCCGGCCGGCUUGCCGGCACCUGAGAAAACACAGCCGGAGCCGAGAGAGGGGCCCGAUGGGGGAGGCCGCCCGAGUGCGGCGGUCGGGGGACACACAUUGGGCCUCUGUGCUUCGCACGGCCGGCCGCCGCCGCUGCCGCGCGGCGCACACAGCCCUCCCCCCGCCCUCGCCCGCCCGGGAGAGCCAGGCCUCCGCCGCGUGUUUACGCUGAAGGGCCAGCCGUCUGCAGCACGGGCAGCGCGUGCACCUCGGCGGCCAGCUUCCAGGGGGAAGAGGCAGGCGACGGUGCAGCGGGAGGGGAGCCCGUGUGCGCUGCGUCUGUGGGGCACACAGCCACGAGAGGGUCGACCAGAUGGCCCUUCCUGGAGACACGUUGCAGGUGCUCAGUGGCUGUUGUGUUGGAAAUGGCCUCCAACAGGGAAGCUGAUCUGGAAGUGGAGACACUGGAGGCCGGAUAACAAGGCGAAGAGCUCCGAGAGGCUCGGACAGGAAACGGUGCGGAAACUGAGGCACAGACAGGGCACCUCACAGAAGAGCACGCAUCUGAUAAACGGGGGACGUGGGAUUCGAACCCUGGCCAUCUGACGGCUGCAGUGCCUCUCCCAAACACGUCGAGUCCCUGGUAGAGACCAGCAGGGGACCAGCAGGGGACAAGCAGGGGACAGCCGUGAGGGGGGCGACCCAGAGGCAAGCAGACACUUGCAUCUCCUUUGGGCUUAUCAGUGAAAGACCAUUUCAUCCACAUUUGUACUGAGAUCAUCGAGGUGAAUUAACCGUCCACCAGUUCGCCUGUGCCCACCCCCCCAUGCCCGUGCUCAGAUGCCAUCACCAAGGGACAGGAGGCUCCCCAGGACUGGGAGCGUCCACGGCGGUGGUGGGCGUCCACACAGUCGGCCCCACACGGCGGGCGGGGCUGCCCUUUCCUCUCCCACGACGCCGUGGCUCCCAUCAGGACAUCCUGCGGGUGCUAUUUUGGGAAAAUCGAUGGCUUUCCCCCCGCCCCCCGCCAGCCGUGCAGAAGCCUGACAGACGGCCCCAGAUCUGUGCGCUGGGCUUCCGGGCAACUGUUUACGGAGCACCCGCUGCAGAGAAGGGCCGGGCUCGGCGCUGGGAGCCGAGGCCCCUCGUACGGAUCGAACCUGCGUUCGGCGCUGGAGCACAUGGGGCCAGCCAGCUGCAGGGAGACCCGGCUCCCUCCUGAGGGGCUGCCUUUAGGGGGCGCUCCGUGCUGCGGCCCCGACCCACACGCAGAGUCAGACCCAAAGCAGCAACCAUGGAAGCCUGAAAACGGAGACAACGCGGAGGACAGAACCGGGAGCCCGUCUGCCUUUGCGAGAGGAGGGUGUGUGUUUCAUGAAAAGGAGCGGCGGGCUUUUCUGGAACCAGCUGGAGGUCCAACUCCUCCCCGACUUCUCGGGAGAGGAGCGGCUCCGAGGAAGGAAGCUGCAUGCUAAGGAAGGCGCCACACAAGACUCACGGGAAAUGAGGGGAGUGUCCCCCAGCCACCGAGGCGCAGACCCCGCCUGGUUUCUGCCGUCCCCGGCUGCUUGCGCCACCAUGCCUGUUGGAGUUACUAUGGCCGGGGUCAGUUUGCGGCCACAAGAGGGCUGGUUCUGGGUCCCUCAGCCCUCGGGGAAGUCCGGGGGCUUCGCACGGAUGAGGGCUGUCUCUGGGCCUCGGUUUCCCCUACCUGUGAAAUGGGGGUGAUGAUGGCACCGACCGGGUAGGGUUGAGGGGGUUGGAUGUGGGGGUGCGUUUUCUGUGGGGGUGACACUCGGACAGGUCCAGGCUGGGGGAAGGUGGCCUGUUCCUUCCCGCAAGCCCAUCGGGGUCCGGCUCCCGGGGGAGACCGAGCUUCAGGAGCAGAGCUGGCUGGCAGCGGAAGGAGAAACUGGACCCGCAGAGCGGGCCGUUGCCGUGGUGCAGUGUCCUCGCCCACGCCCACCCGGCGUUCUGGACGUGUGUUUAGGCAGGAGGCGGCGAGGCUGGGCCCGCUGUCCCCUGUCCCCACGCCUCCAAGCCGGCUCUGCAGGUGACUCCCCUCCCGGCCCGCCUCUCUGCCGGGCUGGCGCCGGGGAACACAGCAACUCUGAUUUUGAGGUUCUCCUUUGAGAAAGCCCCCCAAAAGGUUUCUUAUGCCAUAUCUUAGAUUUAUUCUUAAGUGGUUUUCCCCCAAAGCAUGUAAAAAGUUUCUUGCUACUAUGAAGAAUUUCAAGGCGAGGGAAAAGGAGAAACACGUUAUGCGGAAUG